AUGCCCGCUGCCGACGCUGGUUCCUGCCUACCGACAGUUCCGGCUGCUGCUGGGACCAAAGGGUCUGGCGCGUCUGCACCCAGCGUCGCUGGCACGGUCCUCUUCAAGCCGGCAUUCGCGGCAGCUUCGUUUCACCGCACAUCUCGCCUCGCCAUCGCGCAAGCGCUCUCCGCGUUGACUGGAGUCAAGGAGGUGCGCGUGAAUACGAAAAAGAACAUUGUGGCGGCUGACGCCGCAACACCCGCGCGACUACAGUUCCUGCUUGCUACGACCGAGCUGGCCGGGCUCGCUGUCACUGCUCGUCUUCCUGCAGACCGUUCCCAGAGCACGGGCACGGUACAUGGCGUCGAUGGUGACUUCUCCGACGAGGCACUGUUGGCGGCAGUGACCUCAGUCGUGCCGGUGACUGCGGUUAAGUGGAGCGGUCGCACCCUGACCCUGCGCUUUGCCGCCCCGAGCCCACCGGCCCGCAUCCUCCUGUUCCGGUUGCCUUUUGAUGUGCGACCGUCGCGGCCUCGGCCCUUGCAGUGCCGGCGGUGUGGGCGCUACGGCCACGCGACGGCGACGUGCAAAUGGCCGGAGCGGUGCCUGCGCUGUGGCGGUCAGCAUGCGAGGGAUUACCAGUGCACAGCCAAGCCAAAGUGCUUCCACUGUGGAGGGGCACACGCUGCCGACGCCCCUACAUGCAAGCUGUGGCAGGCUGAGAGGCGCAUAGCCACGAUAAAGGCUACAGCGCCGACCCACAUGCCUCAUCGGGAAGCUCGAGCAAUGUGUGCCUCCGCCAAGACACAAGCCUCUCCCAUCGCUUCGGGAGUCCAUGCACUGGAGACGGCGGCGCGCCCCAGCUAUGCAGCUGUGGCCACCGGCUCCGCCAAAAGCACCUCGUCGAAAGGAACCCGGCGAGGUCACGAGAAGUUGGGGCGCAAGACGGCCCUGGCAAAUUCAGCAGGCGCACCCCCAGCCGCAACUGACAUGUCGCCGUCCAGUCACACUUCUGAGCAGCAGUCGGAGGCCACCAGCCUGAGGCUCCUACUGCGGGCCGUUGCUGACCUACUGCCAGCCGACAACAAGUUACGCUCAAUCUGCCUCCAGGCAGGUGGGCUGCCUCCUCAGCAGAGCCAUCAUGGCUAA